AUGAAAACGAAACCCGUUAAACAUAAAACUACCAACACUUUUCGGUUUAUACCUUUUGCUGAUAGAAUUAAUUCUAUUGACAUUCGACAUGCUGCAUUAUACCAUAUUGAACAUGCAUACACCAGUCAUCCAGAGGAAAAUGAAACUCACUUUUACCUGGCUCUUCAAAAAUGGCAUGUGUUGAAUUUAACUGAGAACUUUAAGAAGUUCAAGAAAGAAGUCUUUGGUAUUGUUACUAUUACACAGUUAAUACACAAAAAAGAAGAAGUAUUAGAUAUUAUUGAAAAGUAUUUAAAAUUAGAAGAUCAAUUGUGUUUACAACCUUUGCUGGAGAUUCUAGUUUCCGUGGCGAAAGAUUUAAGAAAUGACUUUUAUCCACAUUUCCCUAAAUUCCUUGACAUACUUAUAAAAUUGUUGAACACUAAGGAUCCUGAGCGGUUAGAGUGGACAUUAAUUUGCCUGGCGUUUCUCUUUAAAAUAUUGAAACCGUAUUUGAAGAAGGAUGUGGAAACUGUACUAAAAAGGAUUGUUCCACUACUGAGUGAGAGUCAUCCACAGUAUAUCAAUAAUUUUGCUGCUGAAAGUUUUGCAUUUGUUGCCAGGGAUAUAAAAGAUAAAAGUAAAUUCAUUCAACAUAUACUGAAUUACUUGCUAACAAAUGAUCAUGCUAUCGUAGGGACAGGUCACCUCAUUUUUGAAAUUUAUAAAGGAGUAGCAAAUAAAUUUCAUAGUUGUGCUGAAACUUUUAUACCAUUACUUCUCCAAUAUUUUAAAGAAAAUCAGUUUCAUCAAGAGAUAUUGUUCAAAGUUCUCACUCAGACAAUAGAAGAUACUUUACAAACUAUAUCACCUAAAGAGUUUCCAAUUUUCUGGACACCAGUACUGAAAUUUCUAGAAGAUUCUUUAAAAGAAGACAAUAGUGAUAGCAGAUGCCUAGAAUAUGUAUUAAGAUUGGCUGGUCAAGUAAUUGAACAUCAAAAAGGAAGAUUUCUUUCAAAUCCUCAGCAAUUCUCAGUACUGCUUGUUAAAGUUAUAUGUGAACAGUCAUCAGAACAUGUGUUAGAAGUUUGUGCACAAAUUGGUGCUUUGUUACUACUCUCCUCCAAUAUCCUUCUCACACAAGAACAUGCCGGCAUCAUAAUUAAAGCUUUGGUACCAUUACCAUUUCCAAAAAUUCUUAUUAAUUUUGUUGAAAAUGUAAUUGAUUAUUCACAGUUUGAUUUGCAUAUUCUUCCCCCAUUUAUAAAUUUUGUUGUACAAUCAAAUUUCAGUGAUGAAGCUAUGAAAGCAUUGUCAAAAAUUUGCUUAACAAAAUCACCAUUGUCUAAAAAUGGUUUAAAGCUUUUUGAAUGGGUAAAGUAUCCUUUGAAUUUUGGUAAGGGUCUUCCAUUGGUUAUGAAACAUGUACAAAACGUCCUUAAUGAUAGUAUAGAAAGUCAAAUGGAAAAUCCUGACAAGUUAAUGAGUGUCUUGUUUUGCUUACCUCAUAUUGAAAAACUAGAUGUGGAGUUAUGUGUUAAUAAAAUAUGUGAUGUUAUAUACCGUCUAUUAGAUAUAUUAGAUAGUGACAGCCUUGAAGAAAAGAUAGAUGGAAAUAAACUUGAAUGUGAUAACAGUGCUACAGCAAAGCAUUCAAGAAAGGUUUUGUUCCUGCUUGCUAAUACAAUAGAGUGUGUUAUACAUAUAUCUAGUUGUAAAAUGAUUAAGAAAAUUUGCGACAUUGAUAAAUUGUUGCCUGUGAUAGUUCCUCUUGCUGCAAAUCCUAAUUAUUUGGCUGCUUUACAAUUACUUGAUUUAUAUCUGACGGCGUAUGAACAAGAAAAUGGAUUAACAUAUGCAUUUUUAUCAUUAGUUGAUUCAUAUAUUAGACCAAAUGUGUCCUCUCCAUUUCAUAUUGUACGUUUAUUAACAACACACAUAUACAAAUUAUUUGAAAAUAUCAAAGAGCUUGAUAAAUCUGCGCAAACAAGCGCUGGUGUGGAAAAAUUUUCAAUUUUUAGCAAAUGUUUCGCAGUUGAGUCAAUAUCACCAUCAAUUCAAGAAUAUAGAACUCAAAUAAAUAUUUUGCAGAAAAUGACUUUUAAUUCAAUACAGUAUGCACUAGCAAAAGAUACAGAGUUCCACCUUUUUGCUUUAAAAUAUAUGCUCGGACUUUUAUAUAAUAAUUUUAAAUUACUUUGGGAACCUGUAAUUGAGUUUAUCGCCAGCUACGGAAAUUCACUUGCUGUUGAAGAGUUUUGGCCUCCAUUUUACGAAGUGCUUCAGUUUUCUUUUACUAAUGUAAAGAAUAACCUAUGCGUAUUUCAGUUCGAAAAAGAAAUUGGAACAGAAUUCGAACCUGUAAAUGAAUUAUAUAGUUGUUAUAAUAAUAUAAUGGAACGGCCAGACUUAUAUAACUAUAGAAAUUUGAUUUUGAAAACUAUGACUUACUGCAUACAAGCCUGUGAAGUAAAAAAUAGAGAUGUAGUAUGCCUGUUUUUAAGGUUUAUUGAAGAUGAAUAUAGACAAAACAUUAAUAUGAAUGCACUUAAAGUUGACAUUGAAUUACAUAAUAAUAUGGAAAUAGACGACGUAGAAGGUGAAUUAAAUGAUAAUGAUGAAAAUAAUGAAGAAGACAUGGAAGUUAAUAAAAUGAAAGAUUCAGAUUCUGGGAAAAAAGUAUUUAAAACACUUAUAAGCAUUAUGCAAGUUUUAGCUCAAUUUAAAAACCCUAGAGCCUUACAUAAAGAACCUGUCUUUUGGGAACUUUAUAUGGAGUUCUUAAAACAUAAAAAUUCAGGUCUUCAAAAAUUCGCAUUAGAUUGCGUUUUAAACUACAAGAAUAAGAAUGUUAUAGCAUAUAAAUCAAAUCUAUAUAAUCUUGUAGACGACAAAAAGUUCAAAGAUGAACUUACUUUAUUUAAAAUAACUGAAGAUUCACAACAUAUCCAACCAGAGGACAGGGAACACGUAAUACCAAUUGUAUUAAGAAUUUUGUAUGGAAAAAUGACAUCCAAGCUAGGUGCUGAUAAAAAAGGUGGAGGACAAACAAAGAGGUCACUUGUGAUGAGAUAUUUGAGCGGAUGUCAAGAAAAUGAAUUACAAAUUUUCAUUGAAAUGGCAUUUUCAUAUUUACGAGAAUACCUUACUAUGAAUCCAGAACAAAUUUACAAAACAAUAUUGAACAAUUUAGAUUUGAAGUCGAUUAUUGCGCCGGGGAAAAUUCAUAGCGUACUCAAGUUAUUUGAUGUAGUACGUGAAUAUUUUGGCGGUUCUAUAAAAGAUCAGUUAUUGUCACAUUUACUUAAAAUAUUUUAUGCAGUUUGUUCUCAAAUUGCAGUUGUGCUAAACCAAGCUGAGAAAGUACACAUUAGCUAUAUUAAAGCAAUGAAGAAUCUAAGAGCUCUUGCUAUAAGUAUAUUGGCUAAGUUGUUUGAUCAAUUCGAUAAAUAUGUUUGGACUGAAAAAGAGUUAUUCGUAUUAUUUGAGACUCUUGUUUGGCCUUUGAUGCCUAAACUUCAUAUUGAAGGCAUUCAUAGUCCAACGGCAUUACUAAAAUUAAUAAAUGUGUGGUGUCAGAAUCCUAGAUAUUACAUCCUGCUUAUAACAUGUUCUGAGGAUGAUACUAAUCUGAGUGUUUUGCCAGCAAUAUUUAAAUUACUGUUAGCUCCUAAAACUAAUCCAGGGGUUGUUAAUUUCAUUUUAGAUAUGAUUGAAAAGUUAUUAACUUUAACAGAAGAUGAAGAGGAAAAGGAGGUUGUACCAAUUGAAACAUUUAAAUCGUUAGAUGUAAAAUAUGAUUUAAAAUCUGAAAUAAAUUUCGGUAGUAGAAUUUUGAUUCCACACUUGCCUAGUAUAUUAGAAGUAAUGAAACGGCGCAUAGCAAACAGUGCAAAAUCAAAUACAGUUAAUAAAAGGGAUCUUUUAAUUCUCUCAAGAGUAACUGAAAUGGUUACUACACCGGAAAUGUGUGAUGACUUAUUAAAUCUUCUGCUACCAAUUUUAGUAAAAAAAGUUUGCAUGAAUAUGGCGGAAGAAAAUAUGGAGUAUGCAGUCAGUAUUAUUAUUAAUCUAUUAGGGCACAGUGCCACUCCUCAACGUUAUAUUAAAACUAUUGCCGUUUUGUUUAACAAAGUUAGUCCAGUUGACGUAAGGAAACUUUUAAUUAAACUGCUUGUUUCUAUUGCUGACAACAAAGUAGCGGAUGUCGAUGUUUUAUUGAAAACGGCACACAUAAUUACAGAAAUGAACGCGUUUAAUAAGAGAUGGAUAGAACAACCUGAUUUUGACCGAAGAUUAGAAGCAUAUAAGGAAAUAUACAAAAUGGCGGAAAACAAUGAUAUAAAUGUGGAUCUUGCAAUACUUAUUGUAAAUAACUGCUUUUUUUUCAUUCGUACAGAGAAAGAUAUUGGAUUACGUGAUAGUGCUAGCUUAUGUUUAAAAAAAAUUCUCCCUAAAUUGUUGCUCAAGUAUUGGUCAACUAAUGAUGGUCAGUUUCUAGUAAGGGACACGGUAUUGUCUCUUAUAUCCACUGGAAUAAGGGAUAAUAAAAAUGAAAAUUUACGUUUGGAAUCUAUCUCAUUGCUCGGGGAAUUAGCUAGAGAAUGUCCUGAAGCCGAUGUUGUUUUAUCUGACUUAGCUCAUUUUAUAAACAAAGAGGACAGAGAAGUAGACUUUUUUGAUAAUAUCUGCCAUUUACAGCUUCACAGACGCGUAAGGGCCCUCUUAAAGUUUAGUAAGAUUGCACGGAAAAUGAUCAAAUGUCCUACUCCGCGAACUCUUACAAACUUUAUACUACCUCUUGCUUCUAUGUAUAUUGGAGAUGAUAAAUAUACAGACAAAAAUUCUUUAAUAGACGCAUGCAUCGAGGUAAUUUCUACUUGCUGUAGACUAUUACCAUGGUAUCACUACGAGGUCAUUCUUAAAUUAUAUUUAAAUAAAAUGAAACAUUCCACUGAGCAUCAGAAGCAAAUGACUCGUAUUUUGGUCGGAAUAAUUGACUCUUUUCAUUUUGAUUUUUCUAAAGUACGCAAUAUAGAAUUACCUAAGGCAUUGCUGACUAAUAUAGAUUCUAGAAAGAAACAACAAAAAAAUCAAUCAGAUGAAACUAAAACUGAUAACAAUAAUCCUAAUGAAAUCGAAGAAGGAGAGAAAAGUGACGCGGAGGAGCAGGAUAGUGAACUAAUUGACGACAUUGAAACGAACUUGCACAUAGCGGACCAACAUGAGGCAAGCGAGGUGCAAAUGUCGAAAGAUGUUAUAGACGUACCUGCUUUUGAGCGAAUAACGAGUGUUUCACCUUCCGUCGCCAACAGAAUCAUUAAGUCGUUGACUGCAGGACUCCUGCCUCAGUUGAAUCAUGCCAUAGGCAAAAUGACGGAGCACGAAGAAUCCCAUAAGCUGAAUCGUCGACGCACUGGCUUUGUUCGCCAAGAGGAGGAUAUGGUCCGUGUACCGAUUGCCUUAGCCCUGGUGAAAUUGCUGCAGAGAUUACCAGGUGAUAUUUUGGCACAUCAACUUCCAGGGAUCAUUAUUAAAUUGUGUUCCUUCCUAAAAUCACCAUUGAAACAAGUGAGGAUAUCGGCGCGAGAUAUUGUCAAAAAAAUAAUGCUGACUGUUGGUACCUCGUAUUUGGGUGUUUUACUAGAACAUCUUACGUUAUUACUUACCAGGGGUUUUCAAGUGCACGUAUUGGUUGCUACAAUACAUUCGGUCUUGGACGCUUUAAAAACGGACUUCAAAUCCGGUGAUUUGGAUAAUAACUUACAUUAUAUACUUGAGGUAUGCACUAACGAUUUGUUCGGAGCAUUAUCAGAAGAAAAAGAAGUGGAGAAACUACAUUAUAAGACGCCAGAAGCAAAACCAAGUAAAAAGAGUUACGUGACGUUAAUGAUCGUGUCUCAGAAUAUUACAGAGAAGUGCUUGAUCAAUCUUCUAUUGCCUUUUAAAGAUGUCUUGCAAAAACACACUUCAAAGAAAAUAGUCUUAAAGGUACAAGAAGCGUUAAUGCAUGUUUCCAGUGGUUUGGUCACGAACAAAUUCAUAGAUAUCGAAUCUUUAUUUAUAUUUCUUCAUGGAAUAGCAUCUGAAAGCAUACCAGAGUUCGUUUUAGGUGCAGCAAAGAGAGAAAUCUCUGAAAGUCAAAGAGAGAGAAUGCUACGCGCAAAACCAGAUUGUUUCUUAAUACCAGAAGCGCCGAAACGCAACAAGGAAUCUCAAGCGAGACUUGUUAAAAAUUCGAGUAAGAUCAACGCGCAUGUGUUAGUAGAGUUCAGUUUGAAUAUACUGUACGUGAUACUUAAGAGAGAAAAGGUCCCAAGAAUGGAUUGUCGAGCUUUCGUAGAUCCGUUGAUACCUUUGUUGGUGGAUUCAUUAAAAAGUGAUCACGUCAAAGUUACAACUGUAGCGUUAAAAUGUAUAACGACAUUGUGGACUAUAAGAGUCAGCACACCAACGCUGGAGGAGAUGGUCCAGGAUAUUGUGAAGAUAAUAUUCCAGAUACUGCAUAAAUAUGCGACAUUUGAGAUAAGCAAACAGAAUGACAACUACCAUUUAGUAAGGAACGCUUUUAAGGCAGUAACAGUCUUAAUAAGAAAUGUAAAAUAUUAUACACUAGAAGCUGAUCAGCUCAAAACUCUUUUACUUUACGCUGAAGAAGAUUGCCAGAGUGAUGACAAACAGGCGAAUUCGUUUUCACUUUUAAAGGCUAUUCUAGAAGGGAGAUUAGUGUCGCCAGAACUGCAUGAAGUUAUGGAGAAAAUCUCGAAAAUUUGUAUAUUGAGUGAAUCAGCUAGGUCAAGGGAGGAAGCACGUGCGCUUUUCGUUAAUUACCUAACUUAUUAUACACCUGGCAAGCGUAUGGACAAGUACAUAGAGUUCUUUGUGACGCAACUUAACUAUGAACUACAACAUGGAAGGGAAUCCUCCCUCAAGUUCCUCGAGAUGAUCAUCAACAAACUGCAAGUGGCACAACUUACGAAACAUAGCGAUUUCUUGUUCCUGGCGUUAGGAACGUGUAUGCUUAAUGAUAGUGCGCCCGAAUGUCGGGCAUCAGCUGCCGGCUGUAUCGAAGCUAUCUUAAAGAAGUUUCCAGCAGUAGAGAGGAAUAAACUCUUCAAUCUGGUUUUAGCAUUCUUCCAGGAUACUCAGCCCGUGCACUUCGAACUGGCAGCACAGUUGACGACAAGAUUCGUCAAUGUCGAAGGAGAGGAAUUUAAAAAUCGCCUGAACACUAUUUUAUCACUUGUGUGUGGCAAAAUACUUCUGCUCAGCAACGACAUCACCGAAGGGAGGUUUGUCAAGGUCAAACUAGACCAGGGAGACAAGACUGACGAAGAUAAACAGAAAGAGAAAGACCACAGUCUGAUACAAAUGUUGAAUCUUAUUGAUAAAAUCACUGUUCAAUGCCCGUCCAGUAUGAAAAAUAAAAAUCACUUUAGCGAAUAUGAUGAUAUCGGACAGCAAUGUCAAGCGUUGCUAGGAUAUCCCCACGCUUGGGUUAGGUUAAAAGCGGUCAAAAUACUUGGGCAGAUACUAUCGUCUGUAGAUUUUGAAGAAUUGGAUAUGAUGGUGAAAAAUAAGUUGGUGUGUGAUAGAGGUUUUAUAUACGACGAGACAGAGGCGUGCUUGAGGAGUAUCAUAUUAGAUUUGUGUGCUCAAUAUACUCCUAGUGCCAGUAAAGAUAUGGUAGAUCACGUAACCGACGUGUUGUUUUUAAUAAUCAAACUGGUGCAUUCAAUGACUUCUUUCAAAAUAACAAACAAAAUCGAAGCAGAAAAUGGCGAAACAGACAGUUUGGCGAGAGUCAACAUCCGUUGGAUUUUAUUCAAGUUGAGGAGAGCUGUCAAUGUAGAAGUUGCAAAGGCGCCUAAUUCUAUGCAUAUUCGUACAGCAAUAUUCACGAUGUGGCUCCACGUAAUCAGUUUCUUAGAACAAGAGGACCUCAACAGGGUCAUUGAUGUUAUCCUGCCUCCUAUAGUUCGGGAGCUUUCCACUGGGGACGCAUCAACACCUGCUACAAUAGCUAAACAGUUAGCUGGAAGGUUGGGCAAGAAAUUAAGAAGGAAGAUCGGUGAUAUUGAAUACAGUAAAUUGGUGGCAGAGGCGCAAACAAGACUGAAUAUGAGAAGGGCUGAGAGGAAGAAAAUAAUUCUGCAAGAAAAAGUGCACAAUCCAGAAAAGGCAGCCAAAAGAAAACUACAGCUCAAAGAAAAGAAGAAGCAAGCAAAAAAAGUAAAAUUGGACAUGCUUCAUGGCAAGAGACCGAGAGGGAAGAAAAGGAAAGCAGAAGACAUUGACAUUGAAGAUCAAUUGCUGCAAGAUAAUGAUGAAUAG